AUGAUUCAGACAGAUGCAGAUAUUGCAAGUGUUGAACUUUAUACUCUACGCCCGACACUACUUCACGGAUAUGUUUUACCAUUCAUACUUUUUUAUUCUAUUUGGAUUGGAUACUGGACCAAUAUUCUUGGUUUUCAGGAGUAUAUGGAAUUCGGUCUCAUAGUUAUCGCAGCCAUUGGAUUUGUACAAAUAAUUGUCUGUCUCUGCUGUCACUGGUUUGUUGAAUUUAAGUGUCUUAUGACUUGCAAAAAACAAUCCAGUGUUGCGGCGUCUGAGUAUGUCAAGGUAGUUCCGACCCCUAACACAGGUUAUCCAAUGAUCGUUAAGAUUGAAAAACAAGAGUGUCGCUCCUCCGGAUUUAUACACGCCUUUCAUUUCCAACGAUUAAAGUAUGUAUUUAGGACUGACGAGAAAGACAGUUUCCAUCCGACCGAAUUUCCAGUUGAUUGGAGUAUGAAAGCAUAUCUUAGUUGGAAGGGUUAUGAGACGGUUGAUCAUCAGGUUGAAGCACAGCGUAAAUAUGGAUUGAAUGAACUCCAUUUAGAUGUUCCAUCUUUCGCUGAGCUGUUCAAAGAGCGUGCAACUGCCCCAUUUUUUGUCUUCCAAGUAUUCUCAGUUGGGCUGUGGUGUCUCGAUGAAUAUUGGAUCUACCCACUGAUUGCUUUGGGUAUGCUAUGCCUCUUUGAAGCCAGCUUAGUACAACAGCAAUUAAAAAAUCUAUCUGAAAUACGCUCUAUGUCUGAAAAGCCAUACAACAUCUAUGUUUAUCGUCAAAAGAAGUGGGUACGUGUACGGACGGACCAGUUGAUCGCUGGUGAUAUUAUUUCUAUAUCUGAGAAUGAUCAAAAAUUCUGCAUUCCUGCUGACUUACUCCUUUUAAGGGGUACAUGCAUUGUGGACGAAUCAAUGCUCACUGGAGAAUCAGUUCCUGUUAGCAAAGAUCCUUGUGAGGUUCUCAAAGCAGAUGAACACUUUACGUUCGAUGAUGAUCAUAAGACCCAGAUUUUGUUUGGUGGAACCAAAGUAGUACAGUUUACUCCCCCUUCUAAGUCUACAAAUUCCCUAAAAGCACCUGACAAUGGUUGCAUCUGCUUUGUACUUCGUACGGGUUUGAGUACUUCACAAGGUCGUUUACUGAAAACUAUAAUGUAUAGUGUAAAGGCCGUUACAGCAAAUAAUGCUGAAAGUUUUCUUUUCAUAGCCUUCUUACUUAUUUUCGCGUUGAUUGCAUCAGCCUAUGUCUGGAUAGAAGGUACAGCUGAUCCCCGUCGGAAUCGAUAUAAACUGUUUCUUGAAUGUACUCUCAUUCUAACAUCUGUUAUUCCACAGGAACUCCCACUAGAAUUGUCUUUAGCCGUGAAUUCAUCUUUGAUUGCAUUGUGCAAACUUUUGGUUUAUUGUACUGAACCUUUUCGAAUUCCAUUUGCUGGUAAGAUUGAUAUUUGUGCCUUUGAUAAAACUGGUACUUUGACGGAAGAUAUUGUCGUAGUUGAAGGAGUUACAGGUUUAAAUGAUCAACCAUCAAAUAAAUUGCUACAAGUAAAACAAUGUCCACUAUCUACCAUCCAAGUGUUAGCUAGUUGUCAUUCUUUGAUAAAUACUAGUGCUUCUGGUCUGAUUGGUGAUCCUAUGGAAAAAGCUAUGUUAGCAUCGACUAGUUGGUCGUUGAAUGAUCAGAAUGAAGUAUAUGGACGUACUAUACCACGUAGUUCUCCAUUGAAAAUAUGUCAAAGAUUUCGAUUCGAUAGUACACUACGUCGUAUGUCUGUUGUAGUUAGCCAUUAUCUGCCGUCUAGCGUAGAUCGAAAUUACUUGGUCUGUGUCAAAGGAUCACCAGAAACUAUUCUCCCAAUGCUUGUAGAUGCACCACCAGACUAUGAAGAAGCUUAUCUUACUAUGGCUAGACGGGGUGCUCGUGUUUUAGCUUUGGGACAGAAGACCUUAGGUCAACUUACACAUGAGCAGGUGAGAGAUUUAACUCGUGAAUCUGUUGAGUCGGAUAUACACUUUUGUGGUUUCGUCAUUAUUUCUUGCCCGUUAAAACCGGACUCUUUGACUGUGAUAAAAGAUCUUAGUUAUUCCAGUCAUCAUAUUAGUAUGAUCACAGGUGAUAAUCCACUUACAGCCUGUCAUGUAAGCAGUAUUGUGGGAAUAGUUCGAUCGAAUGUUCCUGUACUCGUAUUAAGUCCACCAAACGCAUUACACGAACAAUGGCAUUGGCAAUCGGUUGAUGAAUCUGUUAUACUACCUAUGCUGGAUGUGAAUGCCAAGGAUGCUAAGUCCAAACUUUCACAACUUAUACAAAAGUAUGAUGUUUGUUUAACAGGCGAAGGAAUCGAUUAUCUGUCAAAAACAAAUUCUAGUUUUUUACGACAAUUAAUUCCAAAAGCUAAAAUUUACGCUCGCGUUGCACCGAAACAAAAAGAAUCUAUACUAGUUCAAUUGAAACGUAUGGGAUAUAUCACAUUAAUGUGUGGUGAUGGGACAAAUGAUGUUGGGGCAUUAAAACAAGCACAUGUUGGUGUCGCACUGCUUAAUGAAACGAGUACAUCUGUUUCUCUUGUGGAAUCAACUGAGACUAAACAGGCAAGCCCUUCAUCUAAGAAUAUACGUCAGAAAAAUCAUGGGGGUACUUUCAAUCGUGCUAAUCGUGGUGAUGUUCACUCUACGAAUGCUAAUAUAAAUAACAGUAAUCCAGCUGUACGCCCGUCAUUCAAUUUGCCUGCACUAGAUACAGAACAAGAAGUAUCAGUGGUUCGUCUUGGUAAUGCUAGUAUCGCAGCUCCUUUUACUGCUAAAAUGUCUUCUCCUAUUGGAGUCUGUCAUAUUGUUAUGCAAGGACGUUGUACAUUGGUGACUACAUUGCAAAUGUAUAAAAUUCUAGCUAUAAAUGCAUUGAUCAUUGCUUAUAGUUCAUCAGUUUUAUAUCUGAAAGGUUUUAAAAUAUCUGAUACUCAAGCAACUAUUCGUGCUUUACUUCUAUCAGCUUGUUUUCUAUUCAUUUCACGCUCUAAGCCGCUAAAAGCACUUUCUAAAGAGCGCCCUAUACCGAACAUAUUUAAUGUGUAUACGCUACUUACUGUGUCCUUACAGUUUCUUGUUCACUUCUAUGUGCUGUAUUUGUUAACUAUGGAAGCUGAAUUAAGAAUGCCUAAAGUGGAUGAUGAUUUCAUAGAUUUACAUGCUGAAUUUAAACCUUCAGUUUUGAACACUUUAGUCUAUCUCAUUUCAACCGGAAUGGAAACUGUCACAUUGGCUGUAAACUAUACUGGUCAUCCGUUUAUGGAGUCUUUGAUUGAGAAUAAACCAAUGUUGAUUUCUUUGAUUGUCGCCGUAUUAGGAAUUGUAAUUCUACCUUUUGGUCCAUUCGCUGAUGCUUUACAGUUAGUUCAUUUAGAUUAUGAUCUCCGUAUAAUGUUUUUCAAAGUAUUGGCAUUCGAUUUCAUAGCUUCAUUUUUGAUAGAUCGUGUAUUAGUCUUUAUCUUUGGUCGAGUCAAACAAAAAUCCCUUUAA